UCCAAACACUCGGGUUCGCGACCAUUUGUCUAUAUAUACGGUCCCGAACUCUGAGGGAAAGCGUCGCAAGCAUUUCUUUGCUAAGGGAUCCCAAUUAUCUCUCCUCCCCCUCUCUCUCUCUCUCUCUAGGGUUUAUACUUACAGCUUGGAAGAAUGGAGACCUUCCUAUUCACCUCUGAAUCUGUGAACGAGGGUCACCCAGACAAGCUCUGUGAUCAGAUAUCUGAUGCAGUGCUUGAUGCAUGCCUUGAACAAGAUCCCGACAGCAAAGUUGCUUGUGAGACUUGCACCAAGACCAAUAUGGUCAUGGUCUUUGGAGAGAUCACAACCAAGGGCAAGAUAGACUACGAGAAGAUUGUACGAGACACAUGCCGCACAAUUGGAUUUGUUUCAGAUGAUGUUGGUCUUGAUGCUGACAACUGCAAGGUUCUAGUUAACAUUGAGCAACAAAGCCCUGAUAUUGCUCAAGGUGUCCAUGGCCACCUCACCAAGCGCCCUGAGGAGAUUGGAGCUGGUGACCAGGGUCACAUGUUUGGAUAUGCUACUGAUGAAACCCCCGAGUUGAUGCCCCUCAGCCAUGUUCUUGCAACCAAGCUCGGUGCCCGUCUCACUGAAGUGCGUAAGGAUGGAACAUGCCCAUGGUUGAGGCCUGAUGGCAAAACCCAAGUCACCGUUGAGUACUACAACGACAACGGUGCUAUGGUCCCAAUUAGGGUCCACACCGUUCUAAUUUCCACUCAGCACGAUGAAACUGUGACCAAUGAUGAGAUUGCUGCUGACCUCAAGGAGCAUGUCAUCAAGCCCGUGGUCCCCGAGAAGUACCUGGAUGAGAAGACCAUCUUCCACCUCAACCCAUCUGGCCGUUUCGUCAUUGGUGGACCUCAUGGUGAUGCAGGACUCACUGGUCGCAAAAUCAUCAUUGAUACUUAUGGUGGUUGGGGAGCUCAUGGUGGUGGUGCCUUCUCUGGAAAGGACCCUACCAAGGUCGAUAGGAGUGGAGCCUACAUCGUUAGGCAGGCCGCCAAGAGCAUUGUUGCCAGUGGCCUUGCUCGCAGGUGCAUUGUCCAGGUCUCUUAUGCCAUUGGUGUGCCUGAGCCAUUGUCUGUGUUUGUUGACACCUAUGGCACCGGAAAGAUUCCAGACAGGGAGAUUCUCAAGAUUGUGAAGGAAAGUUUUGAUUUCAGGCCCGGAAUGAUCUCCAUUAACCUAGAUCUCAAGAGGGGUGGCGGUGGCCGGUUUUUGAAGACGGCAGCGUACGGGCAUUUCGGAAGAGAAGACCCCGACUUCACAUGGGAGGUUGUGAAGCCCCUCAAGUGGGAGAAGCCCCAAGCAUAAGGUGGUCUGCAACUUGGUUGGUACUUGCAGCUGCUUAUAAUCAAUAAUACUGAAGAAUCUGCCUAUUGUUUGCCUUUUGUCUGUGUCCAUUUUCUUUAUUUCACUGGAAAUUUAUUGAGCCAUGGUUAUAGUAGUUGAUGGAAACGUGUAGGAAUGAACGAACUGCUUCAUUAUCCAUGGGCAAGCGAAUUAGCUAUGCUAAGGAUUAGCUGCAGAGCAGCAUCAUUGUAGUAUUGAAUUUUUAUUUGAUUAUGAUUUUACCUAAUAAUGAUGUAGUAUUGAAUUUGUUUGAUUA